AUGUUUUCUGAUCAUGCUGUUUUAAUUGAGCUCGAUGACUCUAUAGGAUCAUAUUCAAAUGAUGCAUCUACCCUGAUGAAGUGUUAUUCUAAUCUUGAAGACAUUUCUGGUCAAGUCAAAUUAAAUAUAAAGAAAAAAAUUAUCAUUAAUUCAAUUAUCAUUAAACUAGUUGGUAUUUCAAAAGUUUCAAUAAAAAAAUUAGGAAACGAUCUAAAUUUUCAUCACAAUGAUUUCAAAUUCUUGGAUGUUAGAAAAAAUAUAUAUAUUAAAACAAAAUCUACAUUUAAACCUGGAGAAUAUAAUUAUGAUUUUCAGUUUGAUUCAAUUCCUUAUGAUCUUUCACAUAAUAUCAACAAUCACAAAAAUUCCUUUGAAGUCUUUAAUGCUGAUUUUAAUCCUUUUUAUUUUGCUAAUAACCACAGAGAAAACAUAACCCUAAUUAAAAAAAGAUUUGUUUUACCUCCAUCAACUUACAAAACAACUAUUUUAAAUUCUUUUACCAAUGGUUCAUUCAAAAUUUAUUACUAUCUUGAAUGUAUUGUCAAUAGACCUAUUUAUACAUUAAAUCUCAAAUUUAAAAAAAAUAUUUGGUUUCUUCCCAUGAGUUCAAGUUUAAGUCCACUCAAAAAUCUUCAAUUGAAAAAAUUUGAAUAUAAUAACAUUAACCCAAAUAGUGAUCUAAACAUAACAAUACCUAAAACUGUAUCACAAAAUGUUGCUUUAAAUAAUGUUUGUCAUCUAAAUAAUAAUUUCUCAUUUGAUUUUGCUAUCAAAUUCAAAAAUGAUCCUAUUUUAACAAUAAAUGAAAAACUUCCUUUUGAACUAUAUUUAAUCUUUAAAGACCCGCCAAAUCAUUACAGUUCUUUUGGCUUGCAAAAAAUAUUUUUGAAAAGUUUUGAAAUCAAAUUAAUAGUAUAUACCUUUUUGAAAGGAAAUGAUUUUAGCAGAUCAUUCAGGGAAAAUUUAAAACUAAUUUCUUUUGCUAAUAACCACCAUAUAAAGUUAAAUAUUAACAAAUGCACUAGGUACAAAGAAACAAAUUCAUAUUAUUUGAGGGUUCCUAAAUAUCUCUAUAAAAAUUUUAUAUUACCAAGGUCAAUCAUUCCAACAUUUUCUCUAAACAAUAUAUCUCGAAAAUAUGAACUCGUAGUUUCGUCUACUUACUUUGUUGGUACUGGUCCACACUCUUCUCCUAAAUUAACCCAGCAUAUUUACAUUAUUAACAAUGCAAAUUCCUAUAAAAACCUCACAAUUGAAAGCUAUUCAAAUAAUAAUCAUUGUGUAGAUUACAAUUCUCCCACUCAAAGAAAUAUCUUCAAUAAUUCCAAUAGAAGCGCAUUUGCCAUAAAUCCAGCUAAUGGUCUUGCGAUCACUCCCCCACCAACUUACGAAGAAGCUGUUUCUAAUAUUUAG